CUCGGUCGGACGAUGCUGGAGUCCAUUCGCGUGACGGAAAAGCUUCACUGGCCCGAGCAGGAGCUGGCCCAGAAGUCCGUGCUGCACGCGGAAGAGGCCGUGGCCGCGGACCGCCGCCGGAGCGCCCCCCAGCUACCGCCCGGGAUCCUGAAGGACAUUUUCACCACUGGCACCAGCAGCUACAACGUCCUCCUGCAGAGCAGAGAGGAGAAGAGGCAUCCGUCGCAAAGGCGGCCUUCCUCCGCCCAGCCCAAAAGAUGUAGGAAGCCCAGCAAGUCUCCCUGCUCGCCUCACAGCAAAGAGCUUCGCAAGACGAAGGCCCUGGUGCCGGGGCUGAGCAGCGGCGCCUGGUGCUGCCUCGACAAGCAGUCCGCUGCCCUCAUCACGAGCGCCCUGUCGAGUCCUGUGGCCUUUACACAUGGUAUCUCUGUUACAGGGAACGGCAUAGCCCUGACACCCAAAUCCACACACAAGGUCAAGCGGCACCAUUUCUCCCCUCUCCCCAAGCCGAAGCCGCAGCCCCCGCCCCAGCUGUGUCGGAGUUUUGAGAAAGAUGAUUCUUCUGGGAAGAAGUUUUGUAUUCUGACGGCCAUAAAGCCCACCAACCUGGAGAGGGAGAAGCUCAAGUUCUUCAAGUCCGACUACACCUACGACCCGCAGUUUGAGUACUCGAACCCCUCUCUGCCCAGCGUGCUGGCCAAGCACAGCCACGCGUCGGACCGGUUCCUUAAGCAGUCCAUCAAUAUCAUGGAGCUGACUUUGCAGAAAUACGGAAGCUAUGAGAAGUUCGAGCAGGCCACGGGCGGGAGCCUGCUGUCCAAGAGUCGUAUCUGGAGCCACGUCAGGAAGUACAUGAUGAAGGAAGGCUGCCUGGGGGAGGUCGUCGUCCACCUCACCGAGGACCUGCUGUCCCGCGCCUCCAUGACGGUGGUCAACGGCUGCCCCACGCUGACCAUCAAUGUGUCCACGGCCCGGGAGCACUGGCUGGAGGGGAUGCUGAGGCACGAAAUCGGCACACAUUAUUUCCGGGGCAUCAACAACCUGCAGCAGCCCUGGGGCAGCUGGACGGGCCGCAGGAAGCACGAGCUGAAGCCCAACAACCCCACGGAGGAGGGGCUGGCGAGCAUCCACAGCGUCCUGUUCCGGAAAGACCCCUUCCUGUGGCGGGCGGCGCUGCUCUACUACACCGUGUUCCAGGCCAGCCGCCUGUCCUUUUGCCAGCUCUUCCAGGAUAUUGGCAAGUUUGUCAAGGACCCCAACACACGGUGGGAUUACUGCGUGCGGGCCAAGAGGGGCUGCACCGACACGGCCCAGCCAGGCUGCUUCAGUAAGGACCAGGUGUACCUGGACGGCAUCCUGCAGCUGCUGCGACACCGGGACUCCAUCGACUUCCCCCUGCUGACCGCCCUGGGCAAGGUCUCCUAUGAAGACGUGGAGCGCCUGAAGGGCCUGGGCGUCACGGAGAACAUGAGGGUCCCGCAGUUCCUGCUGGACCAGGGACGGUACAGGGAGCACCUGGAGAAGAUCAUGGACGUGAAUGAGCUGACUGACCGGGAGCUCAGAGACCUCAUCUGCUAAUUAGGACCCUGGCGGGCAGCGCGAGAGUGAACCCCUACCCUCCCGUCUGGUGCCUCGGCACCGGCGGAUUUGUAAAGGACUAUUUCCACGAGUUUCUGCAGACUGGUCGGCAGUGUUCAGCUGAGCGUUUAGGAUAAGUACAAACCUGAAACUGUUUCCUAAAACGGGUUCUACAGGCUGCAAGGGAAGUGACCUGUUUUCAUCUGAUUCCAUCCGAUUCUCAACGCACGGAGUCAGAUGAAAAUACCACUGAUGAGCGUUUUUGAAGAAUCUUGGUCAGACCGAGCGAUAAACUUCUGCCUGAGCACCAAGACCAGCUGCGGCCAGAGCCUGCCUCCCGUGCUGCUCACACGCCACGGUUACGUUUUAUUUUCCGAGGAUGGUCGUUAUUCUCCUCUGAAAAGUUAGUUUUUUAUGCCCCCGAACAGCUCCAUCUAAGGUUUCUUAUUUCUCUUAUAUGUUAAGUAAUGUUAAGGGGUUGGGGACAAUUUGAAAAGUUUCAUUAGUUCUUUACAUCUUAUUUUUUCACCUUACCAGUUUGUAGGAACUCCAUUAGAGAAUUGUGUCCAGUUAUUCCUUAUCUAAACUCUGUUUUCAUUUGCUGAAACAUAUUAUACCCCUUGUAAAUUUUAACCCAGGUUUAGGGUCUCUCCCUCUCUAUUCCUUUAUAGAAAUGGUAAGUACAGGUUCCAGAGAGGUUUGUCUACGUACAUUGGAAUAGUUGGGGAAGAGAGAAGCUACUCACCUUCUCAUUAAAUGGAGCCACAAACAGGACAGGCAGGCUGACCCACUUCCCAUCGGAGCCAGAUGCCGACAGGCAGCGUCCACAGUGCGCCUGACCUUGCUCUGAGAACUGGCAUUGCCGGGCCCUGCCAUCGGCUGAACCGUUCCUGUGAUUGGCUUGUGUCCUUGAUCAAAACCUUUGGCUUCCCCAACCCAACAGUGACAUAGUUUAAAUUUCAAAAAUGAGCGUUCUGAUUGGCUACAUUUCUCCUGCCAAAGGCUUACCCACUUGGCUUUGUAAUUUAUUUUGAUAUAUACUUGCAUAUACAUACUUGGGAUCAAAUGGCUUUUCAAACAACUUAUUUUAAUGAUCAGAAAGAAUACUGCUGUAGAUAGCCCAUUCAGAAUUGCUAUUGAAACAAAAUUGAAGAAUAAAGACCACCCCCCCCCCCAAAAAAAAGUAACCCACACAAAAUUGCUACUGAAAUUUCUACCCAAAGCUACCUGAGAGUUUAUGUUUACCUCACUUCAGGCGUAAAUAUGGUGCUACGAUGGGUGGGUGCCCACUGACAGCCUGGCCGUCAUGCUGGGAAAGACUGGGCGCCCUCCCGCAGGCCUCAGGCUGGUGUGUGAUUGUUCCCCUUCACGUGGCCACAGGGCUUGCCUUAAAGGAGACCGCUGCAGCAGACAGGGUGUGCUGGUGCCUGGCGCCCCGCAGAGCCCUGCUUCCCCCUCGGGGGCCGGGGGCCAGCCCUCGGCCUGGGGUGGGGCUGCACAUCUCCGAGGCUGGCCGUGCGCUGGCCUCACACACACGGCAGCACCACUGUGGACCACUGCACUGCUUCCUUGUAGCGGAGCCCUCCAGGCUCAGCUUCAUGUCUUGUCUGAUUUCAUCGUCAAACUUCUCCAAGGUGACUGUGGAAAGUGUCUGAGUAGCUGGAAUAGACGCAUAGGCAGAAACGGCAGGAUCUGAGUCCUGUGACUUAAGCUCCAUGCUCGUGAGCUGAGCAUCUGUGGGCAGUGACACGGCUCCCCCUGCGGACGAUUCCGCUGCAGAGGAAGGUCCAGCAGCCCUCGGCUCCUGGGGGGCGGCCUGAGUGUUAAGUGGGUGACAUUCUCUGUCUGGUUUGGGAAAAGGAGACUGUCCUGCCUUACGGCUUCCAAUAAAAGCAAGAAACGCGAGCACCAUCCAGACAAAAACGACUUUAAAUCACACCGACUGUCUUGGGACAUGUUAAAAGCUAGCGAACCAAACGUAGUUUCAGAUGCGCAGAAAAGCUAAGCUUUAAAAGUUGGGAUUGAAGAUUUAAUUAAGGUAAUUCUCUUUCCUGAGAUAGAAUUCUAAUGUCCGUUUUAUUCCCUAAAUAAAUGUUUAAUAAAUAGAAAAUUAUAGCAGCAGUACUUAGGGGAAUAAUUGAAGAUCGCAUUUUAGAAUUGUAAUAGUUAUUGUCCUAGACUAUUGAUGCUUAGGAUUUCAUCAGUGUUGUCUACUGAAAUUCUAGCAGAUAGUAUCAAAUACACUUUCUGAUGCACUGUCUGGUUUUCACACAAGACAGGAUUCAAAGUGAAAUUGUUGGCAAACAAAACUCCAUAGUCUUCAUUUCUCUAUAUUUUCACCUUUGUAAACAUGUUUAAAAUUUGUAUGGCUGGUUUUGUAAAUCUUUGGGCAUUUUGUGUCUAGAUAUAACAGAAACAAGAGCACUGAGGUUCUUCGUGGAGUAUGUGACUAUAUGUGCAUGCAAACUUCUGUCCUUUGGAACCUAAUUAUAUUUUUCUUGUGGAA